AUGGCACAGCCCAACGACGGGGCCGGCCUGAAGCGGAAGCUCGCGGCCAUCACCGCGACGACGGACGUCGAGGCCGAGUGCCGGGAGCACGAGCAGGGCGGGCAGGCGUCUCCAGCGGCGAAGAGGCCGGCCGGGGGCAAGCCGCAGCAGGCGCCUGUGCCCGCCGUGGCGCUCCAGCGCUCCCGGCCCGCGCUCGUCGCCCGCGACAUCCAGCGGCUUCUCCUCCACAUGGCGAAGAUCGAGCCGGCGCCUUCGAACAAGUUCUACGUGCGGGCGGCGGACGCCUUGCAACAAGUGGUGGUGCUGACGGCCCCGGGGGUCUCACAGGCCAUGAACGACGUCGUUCCGCCGCUCAUGCAGGCCACGCAGAGGCUCCUCGGCGAACCGUGCGCCUGCAUGAUGAACAAGACGCCGUGCGGCGUGGACCACUUCUUCGCCCUGAACGCGCUGCACAACGUCCCCGCGGCCGCGGUCCCGCACGCGCCCGGCGUCUCCACAAAAGACAAGGGCCCCGCCACCGCGCUCGAGCUCUGCCUGACCAGGAAAGAGAUGGAAGAGCACGGGUACCCGCUGCCAGACGACUCCGGCUGCUGCCCGGACGGCUACCUCGCGACCCGGCCCCGGUCGGACGCUUCGGCGCGCGCCCUGGUGGCGAUCGACUGCGAGAUGGUCCUGACAGCGGGCGGGCACACCCUGGCGCGGUACACGCUCGUGGGCGAGGACGGCGGCGUGAUCGUGGACGAGAUCGUCAAGCCCGCCGCGGCCGUCACCGACCACCUGACUCAGUACUCGGGGAUAACGGCACAAAUGCUCUCCAAGGCCACGACCACGCUGGAGCAGGCGCGGGAGCGCAUUCUGAAGGAGGUGGCGCGCGAGACGGUGUUGGUGGGGCACUCACUGGAGAACGACUUGCGCGCAACGCGGAUCGUGCACGAGCGCGUGCUGGACACGUCGGUCGCGUACCCGCACCCGGACGCCGCGAAGAAGUUCGCGCUGCGGAGGCUUGCGUGGCACCACCUCAAGAAGGCCAUCCAGAAGGGACGGAAGGGCCACGACUCGGUGGAGGACGCGUCCACGGCGAUGCAGCUCGCGCAGCUGAAGAUGAAGAACGGACGCACGUACGGCACCGCGGCGUGGCGCGACAAGCUGUCCCUCUCGGCGCUCCUAGAGGGCGCGGGGCGGCGCGUGGCCAUCGUGGACCGCUCGGAGAACGUCUCGCGCGUCAUCCGCGCGCACGAGCUGCGCGCCGAGACGCGCGUGGUGCAGUCUGACGGGGAGAUGGUCAAGGAGCUGGUGCACGUGGUGCGGAAGCAGGGGGGCGCGGGGCCGGCGUUCGAGGUGGUGUUCGGGCAGCUGAUGGGGCUCGCGAAGGUGCACGCGCAGUGCGCGGAGGUGUGUGUGGCGGCGGAGACUGGGGAGGUGGGUGUGCUGGCGGACGAAGACGCGGCGCUCGUGGCCGCCGCUGCACGCAAAACGGACGCACGUGUGGCGGAGGUGCACGCGGCGCUGCCGGCGGGGUCGCUGCUCGUCGUGUGGAGCCCGUUCGGCGACACGAGCAUCGUGCGGCAGCUGGACCGGCUCAAGCGGCGGAUCGAGGAGGGCCAGGAGGGCCUGCCAGCACGGUGGCAGCACGAGGCGCUGCUGCAGGAGGCGUCGGACCGCGCGAAGGCGGGCCUGCUGUGGCUCGGGAUCAAGCGGUGA